GUCAGUUGACAGUUAAAAAUCAAACCAAACAGAUUUGCAAGCAGCCAUGGCAUCCGUAAAAACUUGGCUUUUGAUGACUUCGUGUAUUUUAUUGUUACAAUUCAGCUUUGGCAAAAAAUUACCGUUGUGCAACAAUGGCACGGAUUUGUUGCAACUCAAAAGUAUUUUCCAGAGAAGCAUUUCAAAUUCAUUGUAUAAAAGAGGAGAGUCGGCUUGGACAAUGAAUUGUGCUCAUGCUUCUAUCAUCAAAGACGAAAACAGCCGAAGUUACUUCUCAUCUCAAAUUUAUGAGUGUUGCAAAAGUUGUGAAAGUCCUACUUUUGCUACCUGCGAGUACAAUGCAAAUCCCGACUGGCAGUGCGGCAGUGAAGCAUAUGAUUGUGUGUUUGGUUGCCGUGACGAGGAUAGCGUGUUGGAAGCAGUUGUCGGUGCGAGCAAAAAUGGUCUGCGUAGGAAACGCGAGGUGACAGUGGAUACAGAGUCGGAGGUAAACGUUACAAGUGAAGAGGCUGUGAUCGUGAAGAAGAAACUAAAACGUUUGCGAAUGGAGAAGAAGUGCUACAAAAAACAAUGUACAACCGAGAAUGGAGUGAAGACUUGCUGUCGAAUUCCUACAUGUAUCGAAGUGACAGGUUAUAAAGGCAAGAUUAAAAUGAAGAAAACAGGUAGAAAAAGUCAAGAUCAGAAAAGAAUCUUCAAAUGGAAACGACGACAUGAUUUGUAUCGAUUUGAACCAGCUUCCUCACAUAAACGCGCAUACAUUUUAUAAUCAUUUUAAGUCUUUUUGACAGUGUAGCUACGAAAUCAAACGAUAAUGAAAAUGUAGUCAUACUUGAUUUAAAAAGAAUAUAUAAAGCACUCUAACUUA